AAAUUAAAAAAAAAAAAUUGGCUAUUUUUCACACACGGCCGGCAAUAGUUGACUGCUGAGGUUGGUUGUCCAAGAGAAAGAAUCGCAAAAGAAACCAUUUCAAAAGGCAUUGCAAACCAUACAAAAACAGGAAAAAAGGGAAUAUAGAGCUUUGGGGGUCCAACAGAAAUUGAAGAUGAGGCUCUGGAAAAGGGCUUCCGGAGCCUUGAAAGACCGUAACAGCAUUUUGGCAGCGAGUCUAUCACGCAGGACAUCGCUCCGGAACCCUGACAUUGAAGCAGCGGUGAUCAAAGCCACCAGCCAUGACGAGUCCCACGUCGAUUACAGGAACGCCCAGCGAGUCUUUGCGUGGAUUCGCAUGUCUCCUGCUUACCUCAGGCCCUUCGUUUGGGCCCUCAGCAUGCGUAUGGAGAAGACUCGGAGCUGGGCUGUGGUUCUUAAGGGCUUGAUGCUAAUGCACGGUGUCUUCUGCUGCAAAGUCCCUGCUGUGCAGAAGAUCGGUCGAUUACCUUUCGACCUGUCCAAUUUUAAAGAUGGACAUGCCAGCCCGGCCAAGAUGUGGGGCUUCAAUGCUUUUGUUCGCGCCUACUACGCCUUUCUUGAUCAGAAAUCCGCAUUUCUCUGCAUGGAUUUUCAAGAACGCAAGGCGCGAAUCAAAGAAGCAUUAGAAGAUCCGCACCAACACCAGCACCAGUACCAACAACAACAACAACCCAUAGUGCAAGAGCUCGUGAGGCUGCAAAAAAUGCAGAGCUUGCUAGAUAUGCUGCUUCAGAUCAAACCCCAAGCCGAUGGAAUGGUUAGGUUUCUCAUCCUUGAAGCCAUGGAUUGCAUUAUCAUCGAGAUAUAUGAUGUUUAUAGCAGAACAUGUAGCGGGAUUGCGAAGGUUCUGAUGAGGAUUCAUUCGGCUGGUAAGGUUGAAGCCUCUAUGGCUCUCAAGGUUUUGCAGAAAGCAACAGCGCAAGGCGAGGAUCUCGCUUUGUACUUUGAGUUUUGCAAACAGAUUGGGGUUAUUAACGCAUCUGAAUGUCCUAAAGUCCAGCAAGUCCCAGAAGAAGAUAUCAGACAGCUCGAGUGCAUAAUUGGAGUUUCGAAAGCCCAACAAGAGGAUCAUUACAAUGAUAAGGCAAUUGUUGUUGCUGCGGAAAAGGAGAUUAUUGCUGUGCAUGAAGAAAAGAGGGAUUUAAAGAGCAAUUUAGCUUUACAGACCAUAAUAACCAACAACUGGGAGGUAUUUGAUGAAGAUUUGAUAAGGUUUAAUGGUGACUCUGGUUCAAGAACACCCAUAAAAGAAGACCCUUUUGCAGCUUGUUUGAUUACAGUUGACCAUCCAUAUUAUGUUAAUGGUAAUCAUCAAGAACUUCCAGAUUUAAUUAGUUUCUCAUAGUAGUUGGAGUUGAGAUUUGCAUUCCAUUUGAGGAGCUUCAUCAACUGCUCAAGAAAGAACCAGAACACCCAAAACAAAAUAUAUCUAAUAUAUAUAGCAAAAAAUAUCAGUUUAUUUUUUAAAAUUUCAGGAGAGACCAUUUGAUUUUUGUUUUGUUUUGUUUUGGUUUUUGUUUUUGUUUUUUCUUUUAAAAAAAAAUAAAAAAAAGAACUUAUUUCUGGAUUUCGAAGUAUUAAUAAUUCUUUUGCUCCUCAUCAAGCUGUGUGUUGUAAUUUAGACAUGCAAUGAUGGGCAUUAUACGCAUUACAUUUGGAGAUCACUGAGUAGAUUUUAUAAAAUGGAUGAUUCUUUUUUA